AUUUGCUUUUGCCGUUCACAAAUCCAGUAAUGAAUCUGGGAAUAUGUCAGUCUAAUUGGUACGUUUCUUCCGUUAUGGUGUACCUCUCCGCAAGUAGCGUAGUCAGAAACUUCAAAGACAGUGACCGCUCCAGAAGUGACUCGGUCUAUGUACCAGGCUGGCGUGUGCAUGCUACAAAAUCUCAGGCCUCUCAGAGUUGUACCUUAUCACCGGACAUACUGGUUAUAAACUUAGUUACUCAGGAUGGCAGGGGGACUACCCUCCCUGCUCGACUCUUUCUCAAGUGCAAGGGAUCUCUCGGCACUUGUUCAUCUCUUCUGGUUCAAGACCAUGCAUUUUCUGCUGGAAGCAGCGGUCACGUUCGGAAUACUCAUGAGAUCAACCUCCUGGGCGGCACCUCCUGGAUUUCCACCAUCCGGGAAUGGACUGUGGUACAGAACACCAUCAGCAAAUUGGUCCAAGACGUAUCUUCCUGUAGGUAACGGCUACCUGGCAGCCAUGUCUUCGGGCGGUACGUCAGUGGAACUGACGCAAUUAAACAUCGAAUCUCUAUGGACCGGUGGACCCUUUUUUGAUCCUUCUUACAACGGAGGUAACAAACAACCCGGUGAAGCUCCCGAGACUGCAGAUGCUCUGAAACGAUACCAACAUUCCAUCUUUUCCAGCUCUAUUGGAGAAACGAACGACGUAUCUUCCUUGAUGACAGACGCAGGAGCAUAUGGCUCAUAUGCUGGCGCUGGUUACCUAGUCUCUACCGUACAAUCAACCGGAGAGCAAACCGAUUUUUUCCGAUGGCUAGAUCUCGACGAAGGAGUCGCGCGCGCUACGUGGACGGAGUCUGGUACAACCUUCAUACGCGAAACAUUCUGUUCACAUCCCAAGCAAGCAUGUGUGCAGCACAUCGCAACUACUAGGCGUUCUACUUUACCGAAUAUCACUCAUUCGUUCUCUUCUCGUCUCCAACCUGACCUUCCUACUUUUAAUGUGACUUGCAUGGAUUCCGCCACUCUGAUGGUUCGUGGUCGCAUAGGAGGUUCGUUUGGAAUGCAAUAUGAGCUACUUGGGCGGGUUCAUUCCUCUGGCGGCUCCAUCAAUUGCUCCCCUUCUUCCUCCCUGGAUAGCCCUUCGUUCCCGAAUGCCACCAUCAUCAUCUCUGGGGCUUCUGAGGCGUGGAUAACUUGGGUCGGGGGAACGGAGUUUUCGCAAGAUGCUGGCAACGUGGGGCAUUCAUUUUCCUUUCGUGGACCAGACCCACACGACGACCUCGUUGGUCUCCUACCGGUGGCCACUUUAAUUUACGGACAGGUAUUUUCUGAACACGUUCAAGAUUUCAAAGCGGUUCUUUGGGAUAAAUUCUCCCUCUCUCUGGGCCAAACCCCUCAGUUGGAAAUCCCCACAGACCAGAUCAGGGCAGCAUACACUUUAGAUGAGGGAAAUCCAUAUCUAGAGUGGCUAACUUUCAACUAUGGGAGGUAUAUGCUCGCGAGUAGUGCUCGAGGCAAGUUGCCGACAAAUUUGCAGGGGAAAUGGGCCUCUGGAACAGGAAAUCCAUGGGGAUCUGACUACCAUUCCAACAUCAAUAUUCAAAUGAACUACUGGAGUGCGGAGAUGAGCAAUCUUGACGUUACCAAGUCGUUGUUUGACUAUUUUGAGACAAAUUGGGUUCCUAGAGGCUCAGAAACAGCACACCUGAUAUAUAAUAUUUCCCGGGGAUGGGUCGUGCAUAAUGAGAUGAAUAUUUUCGGGCACACUGGUAUGAAGCUCGGCGAUGCGAUGUGGGCAAACUACCCCGAGGCCAACGUUUGGAUGAUGAUGCAUGUCUGGGACCACUUUGACUAUACUAACGACGUGGCCUGGUGGAAAACACAGGGAUGGCCUUUGAUCAAAGGCGCCGCAAGCUUCCAUCUGGACCGAUUGAUUCCUGAUUUGCAUUUCAAUGAUUCCACUCUGGUCGUCAAUCCCUGCAACUCCCCCGAACAACCUCCCAUCACACUUGGAUGCGCGCAUGCUCAACAGUUGGUUUGGGAGAUGUUGAAUGCGGUUGAGAAAGGAUUUGAAGCUUCGGGAGAUCAGGAUACUGCCUUUCUGAACGAGGUGCGCUUCAAGCGGGCACGGAUGGACAAGGGAAUCCGGAUCGGUUCAUGGGGUCAGCUUCAAGAAUGGAAAGUAGAUAAAGACAUGAUGAACGAUACCCACCGUCAUAUUUCCCAUCUCAUUGGCCUUUAUCCCGGUUACGCCAUCACCUCUUACGACGAAGCGGAACAGGGCGGUGUGAAGGUCAAUCAAAACGACGUUACUUACACCAAGGAACAAGUGAUCGAUGCAGCUCGGACGAGUCUCAUACAUCGAGGAGACGGGAGAGGCCCAGAUGCAGAUUCGGGAUGGGAGAAAACUCUCAGGGCUGCUGCUUGGGCACAACUACAAGAUCCCGUUCGAUUCUACCAUGAAUUGACUUUUUCAUUAUCCGAGAAUUUCGGUCCGAACUUGUUCAGCCUGUAUAACCCAUUCGACCCCGAUCCCAUCUUCCAGAUCGAUGCUAACCUAGGAUUCCCAGGUGCUGUGUUGGUCUGUUUCUAGUCUUCUUUCAUUUUGUUCUGUCUGAUAACAGUGUUCCUCCUAGAAUGGCAUACUACAAGCCCCGGACGUGAGCUCCUUAGGCAAGGUCCUAAAGGUUUUCAUCUUGCCUGCUCUCCCUAAGCAAUGGGGUAAAGGAGAGCUCCGGGGUGCGCGUGUGCGUGGUGGGAUCACCGUAAAUAUCUCUUGGUCAGACGGUAAACCAACCAAGGUGGAUUUGGAAGUGAGCAAAUCACCCAUCUCCACCUCACGACCUGUCCAGAUCGUGUACAAUGGGAAAAUAGUCGGCUCUUUUACCUCUACCCCUGGCUUCAAACUUACAGUUAUUCGCUUUUAAAUUACACAUUUCAAGUCGAAUGAGAAACAUACUUUAAAUUUGUUCA